AUGGCCCUCUCCGAUGCAAAGUGCAAGUUCCUGUUCGUCGACGUCGGUGCAGAAGGAGGUGCUGGGGAUGGAGGAACCAGGCAGAGGUGCAACCUGGCCAUGGCCAUCACAAACAACCGAGCAGGACUCCCACAAGACAGAAAUCUGCCCAACAACGACGAACCCAUCUCCUUCCACAUAUGCGCCGACAAUGCCUUCGCUCUCAAUACGUGGUUUAUGAAGCCCUACUCCCACCAAUCCCAAGAUCCCACCGAACGAAUAUGCAGCUACAGAUUAUCUCGCACUCGUCUUGUGGUGGAAAACACAUUCGGCCUGCUGCAGAUGAGAUGGGGACCAAACUACACACGUCGAGCGAAGGCUGUCAGAGAUUACCUGGCCCAGUACUACUCAUCAGAUGCAGGCACAGUGGAAUGGCAAGAGCGAAUGGUGUUUCCUCGAGGACGACCAGCUACUGACGAGUAG